AUGAAUCCGACUUUCAAAAUAGUAAAGAAGUUCAAUUAUCGGCGUAAAGAAAAUCGUCAAAUGAGACCCAUCUAACCAUUUUCCCCAUAGAGAGUAAAUGAUGUGAAUAUAUAAAUGGAUUCUCAAGUUGAUAAUAAUAAGAAAAAUAAAUAUGAUUAGGAUGAAAUUAAGGACUCUACUCCUCUUAAUAAAAAAAAUCUAAUUCCGAGUUUUUAAUAUUCGAGAUCGACCAACUAACCAAGUAAAAACAAUUUUUAUCAAACACCGCCUGAAAUUCCUAAAAAAUUACCUUAAUUAUUUUUGCCAUUCGUACUCUCAUUUAUUGUAAAUUUGGGAUUAGGGAUUGCUAUUUUUGCAACCUAAGGUGAUCAAACAGCAAUCAUAGUCUUUGAAGUUUUUAUGAUUCUUUUAAAUAUUAUUUCAGGGGCCUAUUAUUACACUAAAUCAACAGAAAUCAUAGUGACUAGACCAAAAUGUUUCUACAUUUUUUUCGGAACAAUACUUGCAGAAUUCUUGUGUUUAUUUAUCUAACUUCUUAUUUCCUGGAUAACAAAAGCUAGUUUUGCGAUAUAAAUACCAAAUAUAAUCUCGGUGACUAUUUUCUUAUUAUAUUUUUACUAUAAGAGAAAACAGUAUUAUUAAGAUGAGUGA